UAGUAUAGUUUUUUAAGUUUAGUUGUAUAGCUUUUGGGUAUAGCUUUUGGAUUCGUUAAAACGUGUUAAUUUACAAAGUAUGGCUUGUUGUGUGCCAAAUUGUAAAAAUGUUCAGAGGUUACUUCCUCCAGAGAGUGAAAUAUCAUUUCACAGAUUACCUGAAGGCGAAAUGUUUAAGAAAUAUUUGUUGCUUAUUAGAAUGGAACAUUUGACAUGGAAAAGUUCAUUACGCAUUUGUUCAGCACAUUUCACUGAAGAAGAUUUCAUUGUAAAAGGUGGAAAAAAAUGUUUAGGUCCUAAUGCUCUACCUUUCCUUAAUAUUCCUGAGUCGGAUCAAAGAAUGGAAGAUUCUACACUGCCGGAGAUGAGUAGUUCAAGUGGAGAUGGUAGUCGAAGAGGUUCUAAACGGCAAUUGGAUUCAUCUGGAAGCGGAACAUCUAGUGGAACAAGAAGAAAGCGUGUGAAAUUUAUCCAAAGUAUUCACAGUUACAGUUCUUCUUUAGAAAAAUUUCGCAGCGUAAAACAUAGAAUAGGUAAAAAAAUUGCUAAAAAGGAUCAGAAAUUAGCUUACCGAAAAAAAGUCAUUAAAAGCCUUAGACAACAGAUUCAGUCACUAAAACAAACUCUUAGUGAAGUUUAUGAAGUCUUUGGUGUUUUAUAA